CACUCUAUUUUGAGGCGGCAGUCUUCAGCCUGCAGUCGUGCCCGAGUGCCCCUUUAGCCUUGCGCUGUUUAUAAAAGACACUUUCUGCUCACUUCGAAGGAAAAGAUCUCCAGUUGUGUAGAGCAGGGGUGGUUGUGAGCACGGCGUGUCCCUCGUUUUAACCGCGCGUCUCGGGCUCAUAGCAGUGCAGGUGAGCGUGAGUACGAUGAUGGCCCACAUUUAAUGGUUUAACCCCGGACAGCCGCUCCUCACUCGCUCACCAGUGGUACUGGGGAGAGAAGGGGAAGGGUAAAAUGGUAGAAAUCUCGGGGACUGAGAUACGGAGAAUUUCUUAGGUAAAUUAAAAGCUGUGUAGACAAGCAAAACGAAACAAGGAAUUGGUGCGCUACUUCCCGUGGGCAGGCAGGAGUUCAGCCAUCUCCAAGGAGAGCAGGGCCCCAUCACAGGUAGUGGUUACUGGGGACCACAAAUGCCAUCGCUCCAAACAUUGUCUUCCUCCCACUUUGUGUAUGGAGCAUGAUGACAUUUGGGCUGCAAUAUCCAUCCCUUCAGUGCAUUUGGGUCACCUGCCCUAGCUGAGUCUCCUCCCUGCUGAGUCCAGCAAAAAUCCAAGACACAGCCCCAUAUUCGCCACUGUGAAGAAAAACAACCACCCCAGACAAAACCAGCACAGCAUACCAUGGUAAUACAGAUGUUUUCUUGAGACACACUAUGGUUUGUUGCAAAACCUCACAUCUGUGUGUAUAUUCAAAGUUAGAGUGAUGCACACUUUUGAACUUAAGGUAGGGGAAUUACUUCCCAGCUGGAGCUUCAAUUAUCAGGGGUGUAACUUUCUCAGCAUAUUCUUAUGCAGGAAAAAUAUUGGUAGCUUCUGGCAAGGUAAAUUCAAGAAAAGCACACAUUAAAAUAUGAUAGUGAAAAGAAUCUGCUUAUUGCUUGAACGUGAUGGAUUUGUAGAUAAUCUUGAAAGUUCUGAGAACAUUUUGCUGAUCAAACAUAUCUAUAAAGCUGCCCAACUUGGAAUGCAUAUAGCUUUGCCUAUAGCAUUUCUGCUUUGUUACUUAAACAAAUACAUUAUUUCAGAUAUUUGUUUGAAAGUAAUUCCCAACAUCUACUGCUCUUCUAGGCUGAUCAACUCCAAAAUGUUACCUCAAAAUCUGUGCCAAGUUUGCAAAUAUUUGUUUCUGUGUAACUUGAAACUGAAUUCAGUAAAUGUGGCUGGUUUGGCCAGAAGGAUCCAUUCUUCAUCAAAAAAGCUUUCUGACUCUGAGUCAAAGGAACAAACUGUCCAGAAAGGUGAAACUGAAGAGUUGCCUCAAAGUACAGAAAACAACAAUUAUGGAAGAUUGCACAUGCCAGUGAUGCUGGAGGAGGUUCUUAAUUGUUUAUCCCCUCAGCCAGGUCAGCUCUUCCUGGAUAUGACGUUUGGAGCAGGCGGGCACACCACAGCUCUGCUGGAGAGCGCUGGCGACAUCAGGGUGCUGGCCCUGGACAGGGACCCCACAGCCUACAGGAUAGCUCAGCAGCUCACACAUACCUACCCGAAACAGAUCCAACCUCUUCUAGGACGGUUUAGCGAGGCAGAGGCUUUGUUAAUCUCCUCUGGGGUUGAGCCAGGGACUCUGGAUGGUGUUCUCCUGGAUGCUGGCUGCUCUUCUAUGCAAUUUGAUACACCUGAAAGAGGCUUUUCCCUGCAGAAGGAUGGACCUUUGGACAUGAGGAUGGAUAGUGACAGGUGUCCGGCCAUGGCCACGGCGGCCGAUGCCGUGAACGCUCUGGCUCCGCGGGCGCUCGCCGCCGUCCUGGCCACCUACGGCGAGGAGAGGCACGCCCGGAAAAUCGCCUGGGCCAUCGCGCGGGCACGCAGCGUCUACCCCAUCACCAGAACGCAGCAGCUCGCCAGCAUCGUUGCAGGUGCUUUUCCAGCAUCAGCUCUCUAUGCACGAAAGGAUUUGCUUCAGAGACCUGUUCAUGUUGCUACUAAAACUUUUCAAGGCCUGCGAAUAUUUGUAAAUGAUGAGCUCCACGAACUCCUCAUAGGACUGAAGACAGCUGAGAAGUUUCUAAAACCUGGAGGUCGCCUUGUAGCCAUCUCCUUCCAUUCCCUAGAGGAUCGUAUCAUCAAACGUUUUCUUCAUGGAAUUGACAUGACAGAAAAGUACAAUCUUAGCUCAAAGCAGAAGAUAAGACAGGCUCUGAAAAAUUCCUCCAAAGAAGGUACACAAGGAUCUCCCUGUGGAAAAUCCAACUCAAAGUGGAUUUUUAUACAGAAAAAAGUUCUCACACCCCAGUCCAAGGAAAUUCAAGCAAACCCGAGAGGAAGGUCAGCCAAGCUAAGGGCUGCUAUUAAACUCUAAACCAAAACAUAUGAUUGCAUGAUUUUAUGAUUUCCUUAAAUUCUAUUUUCCAGAAUGCUAAGUGGACAGAUAAUAUCAAACUGAAAAAAUAAAAUGAAGACUGUUAGAAAACA